CCUUGGUUCAACCGCGACUUACCCCGGAACUCAGUCCUGUCUUAUUCUCUUCUCAUGUCUGCAGGUGAAAGCUCUGAAAAAUUGAGCUCCCAGCGGAUGUUUCACACAAUCAUAUACGACUCGCUAGGACGAUGAUGCUGCAAUUCCGACCUGUGGGUCGCUUAUUUGGGCAUCUCUUUAGCUUCGGCCAUCAGCAACGCUCCUUUCAGUCAGUGCAGAAGCUCUUGCAACAUCGCGUAUGUGAUACCGACGCCGACCACCACAGCAAUGCGCAAAGCAUUGCAGGGGCCCCGUGGGCAAAUAACGGAGAUAAUCCAGCCCAGACAAUUGGAGGUCUUGGAAGUGUGAAACCAACAACAUGUGUGGAGGGCCAGAAACCAUCUGGUGCCGACGAGAACACUUCCACUUCUCGCACUGCAGGGGAGACUUUGCAACUCUUCAUCAAGACUGCCUAUAAAACCUCAUUUAAGUCAAAGCAUGUUGAACGCGCGUAUGCGCGAUUAUCCAGAGACAUUCCAGCUGCAGCACAGGCAAUUGCCGGGCUUAAGCCCAAGUCCCAACGUCGUUCGAUUGAAAUACUUUGCGACUUGUGCAACGACGUGAAGACCUGGCCGACAUUACAAGUGGCUUUGGAAAUGUUCACCAGUGGGUCUUGGUACGAUGUCCUGGGAGGCUUGCACACAUCUCGGGUCGUCAAAGACAUCCAGUACUAUCACUUGACCACCCCACUGCCAUUCCACGAAUUUCCAAGCGAUUACUGGGUUGACUUGGAGCCAGACCAUUUUGUCCGUUAUGUAGCGCGAUAUGUGGUUACUAAUGCAACUAUACACUCUGAGCUCAGCAGUAUUUACCGAGAUAUGGACACCACUCAGGAAUGCAAAGAAACCUCCAUGUUGCAUCAGUGCAGAACCACCAUGGAGGUCGGCGACAGGACAUAUCGAGGAUUCGGAGAAGGUCAAUCCGCAUCAAAAGCGGAGCAAGCUGCUUCACUAGAUGUGAUUUCCCAGAUAUAUUGCUCGGGUCAAUUACGGCGUUGGUUCUACCCAGAAACCCCAUCGUCAAACCUUGAUUAUGAUGGGGAAUUGCUAUUGAGGCGGCCAGGGUGUAUCGUCUAUGACUGUGCGGCAUAUCUCGGCUUAACCCCGAGGUUCGAACAUAGCAUCAUCAAAACACUACAAUCGGGGCAGGAAAUAUCGCUGUACCGUGUUAGUAUCAAAUUGGAUGAGUUAAGCCUUGAGCGUACAGCUGUUUCCGAGAGAGGCUGGGCAUUCGCAGAGACGCUCGCAGCCUCGUCGAUCAACCAGGUCUUAAUGGAACGUGCUCGGACUCCAAACUUCCUCUUAAGCAGUCGGAAGAAGCGAAAUAUUACAUUGAAUACUCAGAACGCAAAGGAUUUCAUUCUGCAUUAUCUUUAUUCGAAAGAAAUACCCAGCCUCGGUACACAUGGAGGUUGGUCGAGACUUUUUCCUGGCCUUAAGAGCGGAGCUACCGUGAUCAACGGUCAAACCGUUGGUGAGAAAGUUUGGUUAUACUCGGACCGGAAAGACGUCGAGGCAUGCGCCUAUCUGACUGCCGCGACCGAAAUCACCAACUACGAUCCGGAAUUUCUUCAAGAGCUGCCCAACACAUAUCUCGACUUGAACAGUGUUUUCAAAGAGAACAAGUUCAAAUAUUUAAAGUCUCGGGAAUCGACCUUUUUGGAUGAUAAAGACUAUCCUGUAUCGUAUGAUGGUCAGAGCCAUGGCCGCAAACAAGAGGAGACACAUGAUGGUAAUGUAGACGGCGCUUCGUCAGUCAAGGCGGGCGCUACGACUACCGCGUCCGAUACAUGUCCUAGGCUGACGCAAGUUGGCCUGAACGUCGAUUGUUCUUCACUUCAACUCAUGCAGAAGCCACUGCCGCACUCGAAAUGCACUGGUCCGUCGUGGAAGGCUGGGGCUUCCCAAAAGGUAUAUCAGGAUACAGUACGCAGCCAAACAAUUCGUCUCUCUCCGCUUUCCGAAAAGGCUCAAUUGGACCGCAACUUGCAACUCAUGAGCUAUCAGUUGAAUUUAUAUACAAAUCCGAUGCGGCAAUCACUCCGCGUCCGUAAGGAGUCUUUACCAAUAAGCCGGUACGCAGAGCGGCUUGUGGACAUAAUUUCAAAGCACCAAGUCUCCUUCGUUAAAGCCCCGACCGGUAGCGGCAAGACAACCCAGGUACCGCAGAUCAUACUUGAGAACGCCAUCACCGAGGGAAAAGGUUCAUCAUGCAAUGUGAUAUGCGUGCAACCACAACCAGCGCUCCAUGUUCCAGUCAUAGCUCGACGGGUGGCUUUCGAGCGCGGCGAAGAGUUAGGACAGACGGUCGGUUACUACGUUCGUGACGACGAUCGUCGACCACAGUAUGGCGGCAGUAUCAGUUACUACAGCGCAAUGGUGCUUCUGGAACAACUCAGGGACGAUCCUGCAUCCAUCUUUGAUACGGCCUCUCACAUUAUUAUUGAUGGCAAUGACAUUUAUGGGCGCGACACUUUCACGGACUUGCUGCUCAUUGUUCUUAAAAAUACUCUCCAUAAACGUUGUGAUCAAGGCAUGAAUUUACCGAAAAUCAUAGUGAUGGGUGAGAUAUUUAACACAGAUACCUUCACAAAGUAUUUCUAUGGAGAAGCGAAUAAGCCCAAUGCGUGUGGCAUCCUUGACAUUCCCAGCCAGCCGGCUCCAGUCACUGAAACUUAUCUGGACAAGACCUUGGCUCAACUGCGGAGAUCGUAUGGAUCACAGUUCGAUGCUUUGUUAUUCCAUGAUAAAGGCUUCAAGAAAUUGAUGGAAUUAGACUUCGCUGCGUCGCACCUCAAGGGUCCUGCGGAGAUACGGAUUGCUGCCGAAUCUCAGGUGCAGCUGCAAGGAUGGCAAUCAUUCGAUGAAGGAUGCGUAUCCGCAUCGCUUGUGGCCGCCACUAUCGCCCACAUCUGUAUAACAACUCGCAAUGGGGCAAUACUUGUCUGGCUUCCCAGAUCUGCGCCCAUUCCAAAGAUACUGGGUAUACUACGCCGUCGCGAAGGCGUCUUUGGGACCAAUUUCAUUAAUAAAAGCAAAUUCCAGUUUGACGUGUUCGAUUCCUCACAAAUGAGAACACCUGAGGGCAUGAAAGCGCCUCCAGUACAACCGGGAUGUAGAAGAAUCAUUCUCAUGACCAAACCAGCUAAGCAAAGCAUGGUUCAUGACGCAAAGCACAUUGUUGACUGUGGACUAAAAUGGCAGUCUCAAUACGACGAACGCAUAUCCACGAACAGAUUGCAGACGGUCUGGAUUAGUAAAUCUGCUGCUCGACAACGAGUGUGUUGCAUUGGGAACAUACAAAAUGGCUCCUACUAUGGUCUGUUCUCCGAAGAAAGGCACAGAUUGAUGCGAGACUACGAGCUACCAGAGGUUCUGCGAGUGGACCUUCAACAUACCUGUCUUUUGGUUAAAGCACAAGGUAUGAAAGGAAAGAUCCGCGAGCUUCUUGCAGCCGCAAUCGAACCACCUGCUCCGGAGGCUGUAAACGACACAAUCGGGCAUCUCGUGGCUAUUGAGGCACUGACUGCAGAUGAAGAACUGACCGCCCUCGGUAGCAUCUUGGCAACACUUUCUUUCUCACCGGCAGAGGGGAAACUAGUGCUUCUGGGCAUCAUCUUCAAAUGCCUUGAUCCUAUUCUUACCAUGUGCGCUGCCACGAGGGAGACAAAGUUUUUUCGGUAUCCACUUGGACAAGUAGGAUCAGCCGACACAGUCCGUGUCUCUUAUGCUCGUGGACACGACAGCGAUCAGCUUGCCGUCUUAGAGGCGUUCAACGACUUGUGGCGACUCAAUGAUGGUUCAGAAAUGGGGAAUCUGGCCAUACACGAUCAGGCUGCAAGACGAUAUCUGCAUGAUGAUGUUUUCUUCAGAAUGAUGAAAACGAAGACCUCUAUAUAUCAGGAUCUUGAGAAGGCGGGUCUCGUGCCUCUGUCAGAUGACGUAUCAGGUCUAACGAUCGGCGGCCCAUCACUCAACCGGAAUUCAAACAGUGAAGCUCUGAUCAAAGCGCUAUUACUUGCCAGUCUUAACAGCCGCCUUGCUUUCAAUGUUCCUUUGUGGAAGAACAGUUUACGUAUUCGAGGCAGCCCAUCACUUGUCGAGAUGGACCGCGACUCGGUGAACUAUCCAUCGUCAAAAUUCCCAAAAGGAACGUUGUUUGUGUAUAGAAGAUUGGUGAGAAGCGUUACCAGCGAUAUAACGACGGUCGAAAGCACGACGAAGAUAGACGCUCUUGCGGCAGUGCUAUUCGGUGGUUCGGUGGAAAGCGAGGGAGGAACGCAAAACAUCAGAAAAGAUGGCUGGCUCCAGUUCAACGUGAAGAAAAACGACAGCCCAGGCGGCCCGGCUCCCACAGGACAGUCCCGGGAAUCCAGCGACGCCACGAAAACUAUACUUGACUUCAAGGCUCGCCUCGAUGAAAUGAUCCAGGACGCAUACCAGUCGCUCGCCCGAGCAUCAGACACCGAGAGCCUGGACAGACCGGUAGGUCUUCCAGAGGACCCUGCUAGGGAGGCCCUGGUAGAGAGAGUUGUAGAACUUCUCUCAAGUCGUCAAGUCUAGGUAGGGCUUGGCCGAUAACUUUGUGAUGGUAAAUUCGGAACGACAGCUGGCGGUGGUACUGUAUGUUUAAUAAACAUAGGGCUAAGCCGCCUGGGAAGCCGCUGCGAUUGUAAGCGCAAGACGGGGUUUGAAGUGUAAACGAACACCUGUACAAGUCCAUGUAAAUUAACUAUGAUGCAAUGCCAAUGUAAAUGGAGUUUGAAUAAAAAUACAAGGACG